AUGGCCAUGUCAUCUCUAGGAUCAACAGAUGAGAUAGCUCCAAUGGACGACUUUCAAAAAUCAUCGCCUUCUGAUGAUAUAGUCAAAGAUUACAGCCAAAAUACAGAUCAAACCGCAAUUCUCAAUGACAGUAUAAACCAACUCGCUCAAGAAUCUCACGAACUUAUUCUUUUCUUCAAAUCUCAAGUCGCUUUCGAGGCCGAGAAUGCAUCCUCUAGCCCAACUCGCCAGACAACACUUUCCUCUAAUUUAGUUCUUCGCGCUCAACGCAUCAAAACCAACGAUACUCUUACGCUCCAAUUCAAUGUUUUUUGCACUCUGCUGAUGCUUAUCACUCAUACGAUUGCUGAGCGUGGAAUUGUAUUUGAUGUUGCGCAGCAUCUUAACCCUGUGAAAAAAAUCAUUGACAGUUUGGUUAGCGGUAAAGGGUUUUUUAAAGAUCAUGAGUUUCAUUUCCCACUUUUUGUUGUGCGGUUGCUUGGAUCGCUGAAAAACUGCGUUUUGGAUUGUGCAGAGGAAACCGUGUUGGAAAAAUCAAGCAGGCUAAAAUUAAAUGGGUUAUCAGGUAUUGCUCUUGGAUCUGCGGCAGUAAAUCGCUGGCAGAAUGCUCAACAGUAUCAAGCUCGACCUUUGGGCGGCAGUCCAUCUCAGCAUUAUGGUCCAAAUUCAGCAACAACUGACCUGCCUGCCUCUGGGUCUAUAAACUCGGCUAGUACUUAUGCAUUCCAGUCUCCAACUAGUGCGAGUACUGCCAUUGACCUUAAUGAUUAUCAUCACGGAUCUCCAAUUAAAAUAGAUACUUCUGGAUCUACUAUACAUGCUUCUUCAGCAACGUCACCAUCUCGUGUUUCUGGGACACCUACAAAAAAAGUGAAUGUACGUGAUACUGCCAAGCAUUUUGAAAAAAUUGAAGCAGAUAUUGCAACUUCUGCUGGAAAAAUGAUGCGGAAGCGCACUGAAAAGCAUUAUUUAACACCAUCAUUGCAUGGACACGAGGAUUCGGUUUAUAAUGAACCCCAUUCUGGAGGAUCUGUGCAUGCUGAACCUAUGCUGCGAUCUAAACCAACUCUGUAUCAGCCAGCUACAAAGGUACAUGUUGAUUUGUGUUUUGAUAUGCCCGACUUUUCCAAUUCACCGAAUCAAGUACCUGGUCAAUCUUUGGACUAUAAAUUAACAAUGCAAAAACAAAAAGGAGGAAUGAAUGAUCAUUUGCUCAAAGAGAAAGUUCAAGAAUUUCAUGAUCAGCUACCAAACAAACCAUUUAUACUCACGGACCAAAAACCACACGAUUCCGAGGUUCCCAGUUUUCAGAAAAACGAAUCAGAAUCGCCGUUUGGACGCAGCUCUCAGGUCACAGUUGCUAAUCAUGCUGACCUGAAUGUACUUUCCACAGACACGUCAACACCACCAAAGGUAGAGUCAUUCAAACAGGUACCCGAACUGAUGCCCGUCGCCGUAAAGUCUUUAUCUACAACAACGUCUCCAAAUACUUUUGAAAGUAGCAAGAUCACUGUUUCGCUCCCAAUAAAAGUUUCUCUUAAUAUGGCAGACACUUUGCAUGGUUCCGAGCCUCAAAAAGCUCCUAUAUUGCUUCCCGGAUCUAUGCGCGCCGCAGCGCCUAUUUUUCCAUCAAAACCUACUACCAUGGCCGAGCCCACUGUAUUUGAAUCUCAUAGCGACUUGGAGCAUCAUGAGCCAAUCCAGCCUGUUCAAGAUAAUGCAAUACCACUAAAUCCAGUAAUCGAUAACACUGAGCUUGGCAUAGUAGAGGAGGACGAUCAGUCUUAUCAUAACUCUGUGAAUACGCAAAACUCGGAGUAUCCCAACGAAAAUGAGCAAAGCAAUCAAGUCACUGGUUUUGAUAUUGGUACUUCAAACAGCGAUUUUCUUACAAUAUCUCGUAACGAUAGAAGCUAUAGUCGUAGUCUUGAAUCUUCAAAAAACUCCAACAUUGUUGUACAAAACACAAAUCGGUCAUCUUUGGCACAGGGAAUCAAAGACCAAACCAUUGUUAAGCUUUAUGAUCAAGCAGAUGAUUCCCAAGACAAGAGCGUAAUGGACAUAAUUUUUGAAUCCAAUUUAUUGGGAAAUCCUUCUGAUCAAAAAGAAAGCGAGACUGUUGAAUCCGAGAAAAACCAAAUUGAUGAUGAGCCUGAGCUUGAAAACUCUACAGUCAAGCUUGACAAUCAAAGUCAGGGUGUAGAUACUUAUACACACGACGAUAUUACUGAAACUUCACUGCCUACUUUUCAGCAUUUGGCCUCUGCAGAUAAUUUGAAAAACAACCAGUCUGAAGAAGAUGUUUUUCAACAAGAAGCGAUUGAUCAACUACCUUUAAGAGAAAAAACCAACGAAACCAAUACAAACAGGAGAGUGCGACAAAGCCGAUUUCUUAUGGCCGAUUUCGACGUAACGGAAAUUGAUGUAGCGUCCGAGGAAACUAAAAAUGAAUUACUCGCGCUUCAAAGUGAAUUGUUUUCGUUCAUGUCUGUUCCAAGUAGUGAUGGUUCUCGAUUGGUUGAAAAUACCGAGAUGCUACAUUUUGAUGCGUUGGCUCCUUUGUCGUCACAGCCUGCUCCACUCACAUCUCCACCUCGAGUAAAUAAGAAUACCAAACCUACUUUUAAAUCAAAAUCACCCAGUGGGCCACAACCUCCACUUUUGGAUUCAAAGCAGCCUAUUGUAGACACACCACAACCUCUUGAAUCGUUACAGAUUUUACGUCGUGCAAAUGAGCAGCUUGCAAAAAACAGACAAUGUCGUCAACAAUCGAUUAUUGCUGAAAACCAUAAAUCCAUGCACAAUUUUACUGCCAUGUUUUCGGUAUUAAAAGAUACAGAUAAUGAAAAAUAUACCGAGUCGGAAAAAGUAUCCAAGGAGUCGUCAAAAGCCGUUUCGCUUGGCCAGUCCAAAAAAAAAGAUUUGCCUGGAAAUGUAUCUCCAUCCAAACCAAAUAUUACGUUCAACACUAGAGCAAAAGAUGAAAACAAAGUGUUGGCAGAUUCACCACAGUUUGAUAGACUGUGUGACGAUCCAAGUUUUAUUUCAAGAACAAAGACACUUAACCAAGAAAGAACGCGCGGAUCAGACUCUGCCGAGAUGCUGAAUCAAAAACAAGCACCCAUAGGUUCAAAAGUCGCAAAGUCAACACAAUUAGGAACUGUUUUGCAUUCUGGUGAUGAACAUUACUGUAAUGAUCGUGAACAAGGCGCAUCCAAACAGGGUACAUCAGACACUAAUUCGAACAGAUCUAUUGUACAUGGCAUAAGUAUGUUUAUAAAACCGAUUUCACACGAUAUGUCACUUAUGAGCAACAUCAAUCAGAUACUUGGUGCGUACAAUACCGAUUCUGACAAUGCCAGCGUUCCAUUGACUCUAGAUAGUAUUGUUCAAUAUCAAACUGCCGAGAGAAAAGAUACUGUUAGAGAGGAUAUGCUGGUUGCUAAUAUACAUACUGCAUCAGCAGAAAAUGCAGUUGGAGGUUACUCUCGCAUGUCUGCUUCACAAAAGCGUAGCUCAUUGAUUUCAAAAUCCAUCGAUUCUAGUCCAACUAGAACAACCCCCACUGAUCAAAAAGAAGAUGACUAUUGUGAAGAAAGCAGCGAUAAUUUGGUGUACGUUCCACUCAAAGUUGAUGCGACAAAUAUGAUUUCAAACCCUGACAUGCCAGAGUUUUCAGAUUCUCAUAUGCAGCUUGAUGCAAACAAAUUUACGCAUCAUGAACCAACAUCCAAAGUUAUUGUUGCCUGCAUGUCCAUCAAUGAUGCCAAAUCACUUUGUAUUCCCGUCUUUAAUCAAUCUGAUCACACUUUUGAUCGCGAGGACUUGCCCGGACCCGUAUUUACUACAAAAGUUCCACCGGGCAUCCCCGAUUACGGUGUCGAUGCUGAAUCAAUGCGUUUGCUAUUGAUUCCGCUAAAUGGUAUGCUGGAAUUGACUAUGAUAAAUCUAUCAAUGCCCAACCGAUUUGGUCGUAAUAACUCUACUGAGCAUCCACACUUCAAGGCGUUUGGAACACUUGUGGUAUCGCGUAACCAUAUGGAGUUGUUUGAACGUGAUGGUCAUGUGUAUAUUAGGGAUAUUGGAAGCAACAGCGGAACAUUUAGAAACCAUGCGCGAAUUAGUGCACCUGGAGUGAUAAGUCCAGAUGUGGAACUGCAUACUGGUGAUAACGUCCAGCUUGGAAAAGAUUACGUUGGAGAUGGAGUCGAGGUUGAUAACGAUGGUUGUAUUACGGCUCGACGAAGAUGCGUGCAGUUUCAAGUUGUAUUAGUGCCUCCUCUUACUACAGUUAAAGAAGCGAUUGAGAAUCAAGGAAUUCCAAUUGAAACGCCAGUUUUACCAGUAUCAAAAACACGAGAGCAGCGUGCAGAAAAGUCGGGAUCUAGCAAAGGCGAAACACAGGUUGAGGAAGACUCUCAGCCGUUUAAAGAAUCUACCUCACAUGCACCGCCUGUACGAAAACCUUUACAUAUAUUACCACCCACACGUGAAUAUGCACCUGAAGCAGGCCAGAUUUCUACUGAUUAUACACAAAAGGCCGAGUUUGUUAGUAUGCGCGAGUUGGUUUUAAAUUCUGGCGACGUGGAUCUGAAAUCGCCUAUUCAGUUUACCAAUCCUAAAACUUUUGAUGAACCAAAAAGUCCUAAAAUGUCUAAAGCGGAUGAUAAAAAGCUUGAAGAAAAACACAAUCCAUCAUCACACGAUCCACUGAAAACUUUGGCUGGAGGUUCUGGCGCUUUUAUCAGCCCGACUGGUAGAAACAAGGAUGAGCGCAGAGAAAACUAUAUUUUUUCGUCAUCAGUUGUUGGAAAUAAGGUCCGAAAGCUUGAGGUAUCGUCCUCUGAGGGAGCCAACAUAUUUGAUAUCAAUCUUAAAAAAUGGGAAGAUAAAGGACGAUUGCAAAUAUCAGACCUUCGUCUUCGGUCACAAAAUAGAGUGUUUGGAAUUGUUCCAUUGACAGACAGGAGUGGUAAAAUACCUGUUUUCGGAACAAAAACGGGAAACAAGAUCACCGACAUUUCAUUUUCUGUAGUUCUCCCAACAGGCGUGAAGCUUGGCGUAUUGGAAUUUGCAAGUGAUAUCAAGCUCACCAUUACACAAGAGGGCGACGCGGAGCAGCCUGAUGCCCCAGUAGUUGCAGUAUCUGGCGAUUUUAAAGAAAGUAGAUAUAUUCUUGUCAAGAAAUCGAUGAAUUCUCGAGAACAGAAGCUGUUUGGAGAAAGUAAAGGAAGACAUUUGGUUCGCAAGGGUGUAAGGGAAUCAGUUUGGCUGACCAAUGUUGAUAUUGCAGAAGCCGAAGUAAAUCCGUUGGUGAUUGCUGCAGUGAUUUUGAUUGCAAUGGUGGUUUGA